AUGGCUCCAGCCGCUGACACCAAAGUUGCAGCGGACGAUCGAGGCGGUUGCAGCGUUCGCAGCGACCGCCUGCUCAAACCUGCGCUCUCCUACAUAGCUGAAUUCGUCAAAGCAAACGCUGGGGGCCUUUGGGAUGCCGAGAAGAAGAAGGACGGAUGGAUCCCGCUGGUGGUGGCGGAGAACAAGCUGGCCAACUCGCUGGUGCUGGAGCGGCUGGAGGCGGCCAAAGGCGCCCCCAGCUCUGUUCUGAACUACUCUAGCAUGAAGGGUAUGCCCGAGUGCCAGGCGGCCAUGGCGGGCCUGCUGGAGCGGCAUGUGGUGCCGGGGCACAAGGUGGAGCCGGGGAAUGUCGUCAUUGCGGCAGGCGCCGGCGCGCUGCUGGACAGCCUGUUUUGGUGCAUCUGCGACGCUGGGGAGGGCGUGCUGAUCCCAGCGCCAUACUACCCAGCCUUUGACAACGACCUGCAGGUCAAGUGCUCCGUGCAGCCGCUGCCUUUCUACCUGAAGGAGGGCGACCCGGAGGCGGGGCCCGUGGCCGCCGCCGCCAUCCGCGCGCAGCUGGACGGCGCGGUGGUGUCGGCCGCGGCGCGCGGCAUCGCGGCCAUCGCCCGUCCCAACAUGCUGUCCCCUCGAGCGCUGCCGCCUCUUCCCACGCUUCCCAACCUGACGCCGCACUCUCCCCUCUGUUACUCCUUCUCUGCCUGCAGCGAUGAGGUGUAUGCUCUGUCCAUGUUCAAGCCAGAGGAGGCCAAGUUCACCAGCGCCAUCACGCUGGCGCAGCAGCUGGUGCCGCCGCCGCCGCCGGAGAUGAAGAAGCAGCGCAGCCGCCUCGCCUCCUUCUUCUCCCGCCAGCGCUCGGCGGCCGCGGGCGACAGCAGCGACGACAGCAGCAGCGAGGAGGACAGCGACGAGGAGGAGGAGGUCAGGGCAAAGAAGAAGGCGGAGCGGGAGGCGAAGAAGGCGGCGCGCGCCGCCAAGAAGGCGGCGGCCGUCGAGGCUGCCAAGAAGAAGGCCGAGGAGGAGGAGGCGGCGCGCAAGGCGGCCGAGGCGGCGGCAGAGGCGGCCAAGGUCAACGGCGGCCUGGCGCCCGGCUUCUACAGCCAGGAGCAGGUGGACACGUAUGUGCACCUGCUGUACGGCCUGUCCAAGGACUUUUGUGCCUCCGGCCUCCGCGUCGGUGCGCUCUACACCCGCAACAAGCGCCUGCAGCAGGCCCUGGACCCCAUCUCCGUCUUCACCGGCGUGUCUGGCCACACGCAGUGGGCGGUGGCGCAGCUGCUAGAUGACCAGGAGUGGGUAUCCGGCUUCCUGCAGCAGAACCAGAAGCUGCUGCGGGAGUCGUAUGACGUGCUGGCGGAGGCGCUCGAGGAGGAGAAGAUUCCGUAUGUGCCCGCCGUGGCCGGCAUGUUUGUGUGGAUCGAUCUCAGGAAGUGGCUGCCGGAGAAGAAGGAUUGGGAGGCGGAGCGCAAGUUCUGGCAGCGCGUGUGCGACGACUGCAAAAUCAUCCUGACCCCCGGCCACGACUGCCACGCCGCCGAGCCGGGCCACUUCCGCCUCUGCUUCGCCUGGAUGCCGCCGGUGGCGCUCAAGGAGGCGGUGCAGCGGCUACGCAAGCGGGUGCUGGAGGAUGAGGAGGAGGGGGAGUGCGUGAUCCAGUGA